UCUCGCUGGAAAGAAGCAAAGCAAGAACGCGAGACUUCCAGAACGCACCACCUUUCCGCCGAGCAAGGCAGGAAUCCCGCCCCACACUGCGCCCCACGACGACCCGGAUGGCCGCCGCUUCUUCCUCGCUGGCGAGGCGCGCCGUCUCCUGGCGCCGCCUGCUCCUCUCCCGCGCCUUCGCCGCCGCCGCCGGCCCGGCCCCGGCCAAGCGGGUGCUCCUGCCGGUCGCCAACGGCACGGAGCCCAUCGAGGCGGCCGCCACGGCCGACGUCCUCAACCGCGCCGGCGCGCGGGUCACCGUCGCGACCGUCGCCUCGGCGCCCGCCGGGGACGAGGGCCUCCUCGUGGAGGCCGCCUACGGGGUCAAGCUCGUCGCCGACGGCCGCGUCGCCGACCUCGAAGACGAGGCCUUCGACCUCAUCGCCCUGCCGGGGGGAAUGCCGGGAUCGGCUAAUCUCAGAGAUUGCAAAGUACUGGAGAAGAUGGUCAAGAAGCAUGCAGAGGAAGGGGGGCUCUAUGGCGCCAUCUGCGCCGCCCCGGCAGUGGCAUUGGCCCAUUGGGGCAUGCUCAAAGGGCUAAAGGCCACGUGCUAUCCGUCAUUCAUGGACAAGUUCCCUUCUGACGUGAUCCCUGCGAGCUCAAGAGUGGUGGUGGAUAGGAAUGCAGUGACUAGCCAGGGUCCGGGAACGUCGAUUGAGUUUGCUCUUGCUUUGGUGGAGCAGCUAUAUGGAAAAGACAAGAUGGAGGAGGUUGCUGGACCUUUGUAUGUCGGCCCUCAAGACAGAGCUGAAUAUGCCACCGAAGAACUUAAUCCGGUCAAAUGGAAAUGCAGUGGUACACCUCAGGUUCUUGUGCCGGUGGCUAAUGGCUCAGAGGAAAUGGAAGCUCUAAAUUUAAUAGAUAUCCUGCGUAGAGCAGGCACAAAUGUUAUCGUUGCGUCAGUUGAGGAUAAGUUGCAAAUCGUGACCCGUCGCCACAAGUUUAAUCUAAUAGCUGAUAUGAUGUUGGACGAAGCUGCUAAAAUGGAAUUUGAUCUGAUUGUCAUGCCGGGUGGUUUACUGGGUGCUGAAAAGUUUGCUAGUACAGAGAAGCUUGUUGAUUUACUAAAGAAACAGGCAGAAUCUAAUAAACCUUAUGGUGCAAUAUGUGCUUCCCCAGCUCAUGUCCUCGAGCCUCACGGUUUAUUGAAGGGCAAGAAGGCGACAGCAUUCCCACCCAUGGCACACCUACUUACAGAUCAGAGCCAUUGUGAGAACAGGGUUGUGAUCGAUGGUAACCUUAUCACUAGCAGAGCUCCAGGGACUGCGACAGAGUUCGCGGUGGCCAUUGUUGAUAAGCUAUUUGGUCGAGAGAAAGCUCUCAGUAUAGCGAAGGAGUUGAUUUUUAUGUGAUUGCAAAGGAGCUGGUGUUAUGUGUAGCGCAAUCAUGUGGAUAACCUGUUAGCGAUGCUCCUACGUACAUAUGCCUGUGCUGCUCGGAACUGCCUGUGCAUUUGCUCGAACUACAGUCUGUAAAUUGAGCAGCGGAUGCACGGCAUCUUUUCCAUGCGCAAAUGAAGUUAUCUUCCUAGACUCGUCGAGGCACUGAGAAGCUGCAGUGAGUUCUCACAGUCAACUGUUAAUAAGCUGUUUGGUCUGAGAGAAAUCUUUUGUCCUUUCUGCUCUGUAUGUUGUAAGUUGUAACCUGUACACAAAAGUAUAAUAAGCUAUGCGUUGCACUCUUGUUUUGUUAA